AUGGCCAUCUUAGUUGAAAAGCUUUCAAUCCAAAUGAAUUUAUUAGAGAAUUAUGCUUCCAACGCUUCCAAAAAUGCUUCCAAGGAUGCUUCCAACCUUCUAAGUGCACAUCACUGCACAUAG